AUGACUUCCGAGCUCGUGAAAGCAUUCAACGCACUCCCUCGUAAAGAGACAGCGCCCUCGGACGAAGAACUCAACGAGUGGCACUUCGAUCUCCGUUACAUGCAACUCGAACCAAACCCUUCGCAUAUCAUCACCCUCAUCCAACCCCAGUCCCAGAUCAUCCACAUUGAACGCCUUCCCGUAGGCCUACCCACCAACCAAAGUGGCAUCGAAUACUUUCCUGAAUCAGCCAAAGAAGCCGCACCAGAAGUGGCAAAAGCCUUCCUCCAUGCCUUUGUCAACAACAUUGGGCAAUCCACGACAACCAACGCCCCACCGGCGUUCGCACCAUGGAAGUUGACGACGGAAGAUAAGGACCUAGCAUCUGCCGUCAGCGACGAGCUCAAGCGGAUUGGCGUUCGCCCUCUCGAACUAUGCACGAUCACGUUGUCCAAAACCCAGACAAACCGUAUCAUGCAAAAAGCCUUCACGCGCCUCUUCGCCAACCUCAAAACGGCUGCUGGGUAUACAGGUACUGGGUCCGCGGCUAUCACGACACCACAGCCAUUCACGUUCUGGAACUUCAAACCUGACCCCCAAGAGAUGUCGCCCCGGCGUCGGUCACAGUCGACCGACGAAUCAGAUGAAGUGAAGAGGGUCAAUCUUGCGUUGAGGUAUAUCGAGACGUGGACGAAUUCACGUCCCCCUGACCCGAGUCAGGUGGAUUCAAAGUCUUUUAUGCCACAGGUGAAGAGGGAGCUGGAAGUUCUCUUGAAGGUGCUGGAUAAGAGACCCGAGGGGAAGGUCAAAGCUGACGCGGAUGCGGGGGAUGCAGAUGCUGCGUUGGAUUAUGGGUUGAGACUCUCAGUGGGUCUGUGCUGCACCCGGGACCGCCCCAAAUCCCGCGUCUACUUUAUCAAAGCCAUCCUUUCCCCGGGAGCCUCAGACAAAACCAAAGCAACCGCCCACGGGGCACUGAUAUAUUGGCAUCUCUACUCUUUGCGAACCGACUUGCAGAGUCGGUACGUCCAAGCAGCAUGCCACCAUGCUAACAUCGCCGCGCGCCUCUGUCGUAUGAUCAACCCCCCCUCCACUCAUGUAACCCCUGCGAUUCUCGAGUUCAUGCAUCACGUCCUUAAACGCAUGGCGAAAAACGUGCCAGAGCUGUGUUUGCUCUAUAAAGACGCGGUUGACGGUUACAAGGAUAGAAACAAGCAGGUUGCGGAAGAGAGGGAGAAGAUGCAGGCAAAGAGGCUGAAAAACCCACAGAGAUACCGGUGUGCAGCCGUGGGGUGUGGUAUUGAGGCUGAUACAGGGAAGAUGUUAUCCAAGUGUACGACUUCUCUCUUUUUCCUCCGUCCGUCCGGGCCCGUUCUAACAACAGGUGAAUGUUCCGUCAUCGACGACGGAACUUAUGACGCGGGUCCAAUGGAAUCUGUGGGUGGGGUGAUACAGGUGCCAAUCACACAUAAUGGGUCGACGGUCUUUGUGAGCAGUUCGACGAUGGACGUGAAGAGGUUGAAGGAGAUGAAGGCAAUGGUGGAAGGGUGGGCGCAGAGAUUCCCCUUGGGUGUCCAGAUGGGCCUGCGAUGGAGUUUAACUCUUUCGGUUGCCUAA